GUUGAUCCAGAGGUCCUCAAUCAUGGGUGCAGCCCAGUGGUGCACGCUCUCCGAGACGUGGCAGCAGACACUCUGUUGGUGAGCUUCCGACAGGCUGACGCGCCUGCAGGCUUUGUUGGGGCAGAGGGCCUCAAACGGGCGAGGAAUGUCCGAAGGUCAGCCGUCCCUGCUCGCCCCUUUGCUGCACCCUCCUCGGGGUCAGAUACAGCGACGACCCAUCGAGGGCGCAGGGCUUCAGAGAUUUCCGAAGCUGCCGCCGUGCUGUCAGGAAUCCCCAAGCCCAAAUGCCGGACCAUGAUGUCAGCAAUGGAUGCAUGGAAGACUCCCAUUCUGGAGCAGAACGAGCAAGAGGCCGCAUUUUGCACCAGAAGUUUGCAGAAAAGCAUCCGCAGCGUCACGGACAAAGACCACUCACACUUUUUGUGCCAGUUGCUCCUUUGUUGCGUCGCUGGAGUUCAAGUAUGUCUGGAAGCUCAGAGGUGGCUUACAGAAAAGCCAGGACAAACGAGCACUUCAUUCCUGAGCUUCCUCCAGAGCCAGGAGAUUUUGUUGCUGCAGCUUGCCAGCAGGUGUUUGAGCCGACUGGACUUGGGACAGAGCGCUGUUCGACGCAGCAUCAAGCAUGCAUUGCGGUUCUGCCGCGACGUCGUGGCGAGACUGGCGCGACGCCCCAGGGCCAUGCCCGAGGCUUGGGAUGAGAUGCGGCGCUGGGUCUUGAAGGCCCCGGGGCGCCUCCUCCGCCCCCCCUCCUUGCUUGGAAUGCCGCCACGGCCCCUGCCGCUCCUGUGCUCAGUCAAAGAUUGCCCCUCAAAGGGCCAUCACGUGCAGCUGACGGAGGAUGUUCUGGGUCCUUCUGGGUGGCGGUGUCGUCUGCAUGGUCUCAAGCGACGCUGCAACGUGGCCGGCUGUGGCCGCUUGAGGAAUGCCUGUGUUUCUGAGAAGGACCGCUUCGGCUUGCCAGGAGACCGAUGUGUACUCCAUGGGGCACGCAGCUGCGAAGUGGAGAACUGUGGUCGUUUUGCACGACUGCGUGUUCACCUGCCAGAUGAGUUUGGCCUUCCUGGGCGCCGUUGCCUUCAGCACUCCGCUCACUCCAGGUGUACUGUCCAGGGUUGCCACAG